AGGCCACUCUGGCUCAAUCCCUUGUGGCUCAAGGGCCCCUAGUUAGGCUCGGGCCGUCGGACCCGCCGGCAGCGAGGGGCGCGAUGGACUCCAUCCCCGCGGCCGCAGGGGGCGGCGCAGAGCCCACGAAACCGAAGUAUCCCGCGGAAGAGGCGCUGUGGCCGACGGAGGCGCCCGACCCGCAGCGCGGAGAUACGCCGGUGCCCGAGGAGGACGAGGAGCGCCGGUUAUCGAAGCUUCCGUUCACCAUGGGUCCUGUCGUGAGCAACGGCUCGUCGCCGGUCGUCGCCAUCGAUGUAAGGUCAGCGCUUAAGGGUGGUGGCCGCAUCUUCUGGAAACAGCGUACCGCGGCCAAGUACGCCACAGACGCGAGCAAGAUUGACGACUUCUGGUCGUAUAGCAGGCACGGCAACGACACCGCCCGCACGAUGAUGCUCCUGCUGCACUACAACGGACUCCAGUCCGCCGCGGUGGGAAUCCUCACGGCCGUCGUCGGCGCUUGCCUGAUGCCGCUGGACUGGGUGCCAGACAGCAAGUUUGCAGGCAUCCUCGUUAUGCUCCUGUCGACCUGCGUGGCUUUCGUCCUGGUGCUGACUUCCGCGAUUCCUGGGCGCGUGUUCCUCGACUUCGCGUGCAUUCCUCAAGACGACGAGGAGGCCAAGGAAAGGGGCAUCUUGAGCCUCGGCCGCACCCUGAAGUGUUCGGAUCGCAUGGUCUUGCUUUGGGACCAGACAUACUGGACUAGGUUCUGGUGCGUGUUCGAGUGUGCAGCCUACUUGAAAUUGCAGCUCAACGGCGAUGCCUCCAAGAGGAUGAAGGGGGUACCGGUGCCCAACGGCAUGCUGACGUGGGGAACGUUCUUGGCCAUCUCGGUGAUGAUACUCUGCAUGAAAAUGUCAGCGAGUUUUUCUGGGGAGAGUCUCCCAGACAUAUCAUUGAAAGGUGCGGUGAUCAGCGUCUCGGCCAACACCGUCUCCGUGACCUUGUCUGUCCUCUGUUUGGCGUACGGGGGUCUCCGAUACGUGAGUUUGCUGAAGGACCAGCGCAUCCAGUUAAAGAACUUCUCCCUGAGGGGGUCGAACUGCUUCUGCUGCGCGGUCGGGCACGUUAACCCGAAGACCGGCGAGAGCAUGGGCUGCGACAGAGUCCUGAUCGAGGCGUCCGUCGUCGCUUGGUUCGGAUGCGUCGAGGCCUUCGAGAGCUAUGUCCGCGACACCAUGCACGAUCUCGUCCGCGCCCGUUCGUUCCUGCCGUACAGAUACUGCGUCAUGGGGGCCAUGCCGUGGUUCCUCUGCUCCAUCGGCGAAGCCAUUUGGCUUUGGAGGUCUGGCGACGUGCUCUCCGCCCUGAUCUACCUCAGGCUGGGGGCCAGCGGAACAUUCGUGUACGUGCCCCUGUUUACCCGCGUCGUCUUCUACUCCUUCGACAUUUUUCGCCCGAAGUCCGCGAUGAGGUCUCCGCCGUUCCGCGCGGUAUUGGGUUGCUCUGCGUUCUGCGGGUCGCUCCAGUUGAUCUUCUCUGCCUCUCUUUAUUUUCCAUACCUUUUCGUGGAUUAUGUCCUGUGGACAGCGGUGAGCAGCAUCUUCUACAUCGGCAUAACGGCCAUACUCUAUCUGUGCGACAUCUGAGGGCGCCAGCGUAGAUCUCUUUCUACGUUAAUACAUUAAGCUCUGUACGCAGCUCAUGCUGGAGGGAGGGGGUGGUGG